AUGCAACUCAAUAGCAGCCCGUCGACUCUUAAAGUAGAAACUAUAUCACUAAAUGAUUGUAAAGAUGAAGAUAAAUCAGCAGCACAAAGUGUUCAGCCCUCAGCAAUCGAAAUAUGCGAUGAAGUAGUACUUCUAUGGAGGCAAGAACCUGACUUGGAACACCUCAAGUUUGAUAAACUAUGUGACAAAUUAAAGGAAAGAAAUCCAUCAUGGGUUCUAUCAAAUGAUACUCUAGUAACAGUAUUACUGGAACAUAACUUGUACUCUGCCGAUGAGUCUACUCUUUUCACGUAUCACGACGAAGUACGUUCUAGCGCAACGCCCGGAAUGCGGUUGCAUGAACUACAUAAUGUGAGUGAGACUACGAAUUGCAAAGGGAAAGCUCUUAUUGCAAGUGAUACGAUACCUAAAGGUGAAUUGAUAUUUGAGGAUGUCCCUUUGGUGAUGAUACCACCCUUGGAUAAGUUGACCCUAAUACAGUUAUCAAAAGCGUGCGGUAUAUGCGGCACUCUUCUGAGUCACAACUGCCACUAUUUCAUUAUGAACAAUCUGGAUUGCGAUAUCUGUGGUAUUUUAUGGUGCUCUAAGAGGUGCAAAGCCCUUGAUACUGCCCACCCUUAUUUGAAACACCCUACACUGAAGAGUAAGGUCUGUAACGCUCAGAAGUGGCAGAAAUUUGAGGAAUUCUGCAAGGAAAAUACUUGGUAUAGUGCUUAUGGCGUUGGUUACAUUUAUGCUAAUUACGUGAUAUCAAACCGCAAUGGCUUAUUUUACGAACAGUUUUUGUCAUUAGCGGAGGUCAGCCAGCGCACUAGAUUGAAGGCUGCGGAUUCUACAAAUGUUGGAGGUACAUUUGACUCGUGGACGGAUUGCACGUGCACUACAAUUGCAAGUGAUCUAUGGGAUGAGGGAUUCCGACUAUUUUGUGAAGCUUUCCCUGAAGCUGCAGAGGAUGACAAUAUAAAUAUAGACACGUUUUUACGUUUUAUUGGCAGGUUCAACAUUAAUCAAUUAAAUUGCCAGAUUUAUCCUUUAUUUAGUCACAUAAAUCAUAGCUGUGAACCGAACGUAAGAGUUGAGUUUGAGAAGUACUCGAUUAAGGUUUAUUCUCGGAAGCAUAUAAAAUCUGGUGAUGAGCUACAGAUAAGUUAUGUUAAUCCGUUACAUGAUGUAAGUCUACGGAGAAGAGAACUGCGUGUGAACUGGGGGUUCUUAUGCAAAUGUACUCGUUGUCAGAAAGAACUAUCGAAAUUUUACAACAAAACUAAUAUAAUGACGUCUGAUGUAAACGUAGGAUUGACAACUCAAAACGGUAAGAGAAGGAAGUCUUCUAUGAAAGCCUCUAAACCCACGUUACAAGAAAUACUAGAGAGUGGACAUGAAUUUGACCUUGAAAUACCAGCUCACCUAGGCUUUUCCAAUAGAAGAACAUCAGUUCGUUUCGACGACAGAGUGAUGUCGGCUCUGAACGAAUGA